GCAGGGGGCGGCGGGCCGCGCUCCGCCCCGCGGCCGCCCCGCUCCCGCGUUCAUUUCAUUCCUCCCCUCAUUCCGCGCAUUCCUCGCAUCGCUGGCGCCGCGCAGCCCGGCCGGGAGCCCGGCCCGCCCCGCCGCCGGCCGGGCAGCAACUCAUCCUCCGAGGGCUCCGUCCGCCGGCCUGCGGCAAGCUCCCGGCGCGGUAUAAAUAGUUGGGCGGCCGAUUAAAAAUAGGCGCGGGGCCGUAAAUAGCUGGGGCGGCCCGGGGGCGGCGGGCGAAGUUUGCCGUCAGAGUGCGGAGCGCUGGCGGUGCGCGGAGGGGGGGCCGCAGCGCGGAGAGCUGCUGCUGCUGGUGGUUAAUUGCACAUUGAAGUGGAAAAUUUUCGGGAGUCAGCAGAAACACUGUAUCCAAAAAAGACAAAGUCGCAGUUACACCACCACCGAAGAGAUUGUCCGUGGAAAACUUCCAUUCGGCUCCCUAGCCUCUGAUGGACUGGACUAUCAGGUUUGGGAUCUAGUGAUUGGCUCAUCGGUUAGCUCAGGUUUAUUUCCUUUAAGACUCCAAGCUUAAGCUUGGAGACCCCAGCCAUCACCAUUGAGCCCAGCAGCUGGAGCGGCAGCGAGAGCCCUGCCGAAGAUAUUGAAAGAAUGAGCGAUUCUGCAGAUAAACCUAUUGACAAUGAUGCAGAAGGUGUCUGGAGCCCUGACAUCGAACAGAGCUUUCAGGAGGCUCUAGCUAUCUAUCCACCAUGUGGGAGGAGGAAAAUCAUCUUAUCAGAUGAAGGCAAAAUGUAUGGUAGGAAUGAAUUGAUAGCCAGAUACAUCAAACUUAGAACAGGGAAGACACGGACCAGGAAGCAGGUGUCUAGUCACAUACAGGUCUUAGCAAGAAAGAAAGUUCGAGAAAUUCAAGCCGCCAUUAAGGUGUCUAGUCACAUUCAGGUUCUUGCCAGAAGGAAAUCUCGUGAUUUUCAUUCCAAGCUGAAGGUAACAAGCAUGGAUCAGACAGCAAAGGACAAAGCACUCCAGCACAUGGCAGCAAUGUCAUCAGCUCAGAUAGUCUCAGCUACUGCUAUUCACAACAAGCUGGGCCUGCCAGGAAUUCCCCGUCCUACAUUUCCUGGGGCACCUGGGUUUUGGCCGGGCAUGAUUCAAACGGGGCAGCCUGGAUCCUCGCAAGAUGUAAAGCCAUUCGUUCAGCAGGCCUAUCCUAUACAGCCAUCAGUCACAGCUCCCAUUUCAGGAUUUGAGCCUACGUCAGCUCCAGCUCCCUCGGUCCCUGCAUGGCAAGGCCGAUCGAUUGGUACAACCAAGCUCAGGCUGGUGGAGUUUUCAGCUUUCCUUGAACAGCAGAGGGAUCCCGAAUCAUACAAUAAACACCUCUUCGUACACAUUGGACACGUCAACCAUUCUUACAGUGAUCCAUUGCUUGAAUCGGUGGACAUUCGUCAGAUUUAUGACAAAUUUCCUGAAAAGAAGGGCGGUCUAAAGGAAUUGUUUGGGAAGGGGCCCCAAAACGCUUUCUUCCUCGUAAAAUUCUGGGCUGACUUAAACUGCAACAUUCAAGAUGAUACAGGAGCAUUUUAUGGAGUCACCAGUCUAGAGAGCUCAGAAAACAUGACAAUCACGUGUUCCACCAAAGUCUGCUCUUUUGGAAAGCAAGUAGUAGAAAAAGUAGAGACUGAAUAUGCAAGGUUUGAGAAUGGCCGAUUUGUGUACAGAAUAAAUCGCUCUCCAAUGUGUGAAUAUAUGAUCAACUUCAUACACAAGCUGAAACAUUUACCAGAAUACAUGAUGAACAGCGUGUUGGAAAAUUUUACAAUUUUAUUGGUUGUAACGAACAGGGAUACACAAGAAACCCUACUCUGCAUGGCUUGUGUAUUUGAAGUGUCAAACAGUGAACAUGGAGCACAGCAUCAUAUCUACAGGCUUGUAAAGGACUGAGCAGUUAUUUAUAUAUACACUUCAUUUCACUUCUUUAUCAAAACACAGACUGUAAACCUCAACACUAAGUGGCAGUGCCUCUGGCCCAACUUUCACCCACAUUUUUCUAAAUCCUGUUGUAGUGAAGUCAUUUUUAAUGUGUUCAUAUAUAAUUGUAGCUGUGAAAUUCUGGUACAGUUGUAAAAAUUAUUUCUAAAACUUAAGUGUUCUUCAAAUUUCUAAACCACAGUUCUUUGGGAAGACUAUUUAAGAACCUAAUGCCUCUGUCUGUGGAGGCCUAUUUUUAAUUCUGAUAGAAAAAUGUAUGACAGAGCAUUUGCCAUGGGGAAAAACUGACAGCAUUUAUAAGAUUUUUUUUUUCCAACACAAAAUACUUGUUUUACAAUUCAAGUGAAAUUGAAAUGAAUCUUUAGCUAUAACUGUAAAUGAGUACACAAAGUUAAUAAUCUUUAUAGAAUUAUCUUUGUAACUAAUUAGGGUGGAAGAUACGGACAAAUGUAAUUCACUAAAUUAUUUUUUAAAAUGAAACAUUUUUCUGUUUGAAACCAAAUGAAAAAAUAUAGCCUUAAGAAAUGCCUGAUAAGAAACAGACAGGUCCUAAAAUUAGGCAAAUUUUGUAUUUUUUUCUCAAUGCUAAAACUAAUCUUCUAAUCCAUUAAACUUUCAAACAGGUAUUGCAGAGAAAGAAAACAUCAUCCCUUAUCCCUAACAUAUCUAGUGUAUUUUAAAAGAGUAUAAGUUGUAUUGUACUAAUAUGAAAAUCUGAUUAUUUAAUGAAAAAGAUGGCUCAUUUUGCAAUAAGUAGGUAAAUACUGAAGAUUUAGACUUGCAUUAUGUGUAGUCUUGUGUGUGCAGUUAUAUUUUAUACGGACAGCUAUGUUUUCUAAUAAGUUGAUUGAAAAACUCGCAAUUCUGAAAAAAACAGAUGAAUGGAAACAACGGACAUUGCAACAGCAUUGAGUAAUUCAUAAACUAAAAGCAAAACACUAAAGUGUUUGAGAGAAGAAUGCAUACACCUCUGAAAGGAUCAACAGCUUUAAUAUCUAUGAGACACUAGAAAGUCACAACCAACAUCAGGCAAAGAAGAUUGGAAUGUGGAGAUUUUUUUUCUCCUUUUCCUCUUUAUCAUGGUGCUCUUACGCCUCUCCCCAGUUCUCUCUCCAGUUCCUACUGGCAAAGACCUUAUAUGAAACAAACAUGUACAUACCACAUGGGGUCUGAUGUCCUUUUGCAUCUGGAUGUGGUAGUAUUCAUCCUUCUGAUAUAUCAGGGAAGAUUCCAGGAAGUGAAGUGCAGCUGGAGGAUAUUUUAAUACUGUAAAGAUUCAAAACACAGAUGUGGUGUGAGUGAUUAUCCAAGGUACGCACAUGUGAGAUAAGUAUUCUCAUUCUUCCUGGCUAAGCCAGAGUGUUGUUCAAUUUCCUUUCUUCUGCUGUACACCCAGCACUGUCCUUCAGUUGCCCAAGCAGCAGUUGUUUCAGCAGGUGCUGGUUCAACAGUGGGUUCUCAUGAAAAACAUUUGUCAGAAAGGCUCAGGACCGCCUGGCCAAGCACAAGCCACCUUAAAGAUCAGUCAUGAAGUAUCAGCAAAGGGUGUUCUUGGGAAGGUCCUUUGCAGCUCUGACUCAAAGAAAUUAACAUUUAACAGCUCCCUCCUCACUGCCAUUUAAUGAUAUGUGCCCAUGCACGAUUUAACUCUAGAAUUUAUUCCCAGGCAACAGUGCUCUAGUCUUCAAAAAAACACUUUUAAUUUCUGGUUAUUUAUAUUUGUAUAGUACCCUCUGUUAGAAUUGCCCAUGAUUGAAUUAUCUAGACUAGAAUAUAGCCUAAACAUGGUAGCAGGUUGCUGUACACCUGCGGCGAACCAUAUUCACAUUUAACACUGCUGAGGACUCACAUUAGAGGAAGACACAAACAUCUAUGAGGGGAAGGGAGACUGCUUAAAUUCCUUAGCUGGCUGCUGAUCUAACGCUAGUAGGUGGAUGAUUGCUGUGAUGUCUAGCUGUUAUCUGCUUGUGGAUAUUAGGGCUGAUGAUCUUUCAGUUUAUAUUCUGUGAACUGAACAGAGAAAUAUGUCCAUGGUAAGGUCUCUUUUAACACUCAUUUUUACACUAACAAUCACAUCAGGAAAAGCACUGCAUUGUAACAGCCUAACGGUAGCCCUUUAUUCUAAGCACUUGGUGUUACAAGUCAAAAACUACUUUUUUGUUUUAUUUUGUUCUAAAGUUUGUCUUUUUAUUUAGGGUUUGAAUUGUGGUUUUGGUGAUUUUUUUUUUUUAAUAACAAGCAAACUCUUUGAGGCGUAUAAAGUGUGUAAGUCAAUUUGCAAAACCAGGUACAGGUUUUUUUAACAGAAUCUGGCACACUACAUAUGUCAUAACUAUAGGGUAUAAAAAUCACAAUGUUUAUUGGUGUUCACUUAUGUAAUAUUAGGGAAACUAUUUCCAUUGUCUUUUCUUUACACUUCUGUAAAUGAUCCAUACCCUGUAUAUGUUGAUUCUUAAAAGCCUUAAUCCUUCAACUGUUCAGCAUGGGGUGUGUAGUCCAACAGGCUGCCUGUAAACUGUGAGCUCUUUUGUAAGCUGGAAGUACUUAUCUUGUUACUGUUACUUUUUGUAGGAACCUUUUAACUGAGAGCUGCCAAAGCAUUACAAUAUGCAGUGCCUUAGCAUUAUAUUAGAAGUACCUUUAGCCUCUUAACACAGAUUUUAUAUAUUGUUUUAUCAAUUGGUUCCAUUUUUUAAAAUAUCUAUAUUUUUUUCCCACAGAAAAGCUCUUUGACUGCUUGGUCUAAACGAACCUUCAGUACAAGUCAAUCCCAUUGCUACGCAGUUAAGUGUCUAUACCAAAAGGAAAGGUUACAGAUUCAUAGUUCUCCGUGAAAAGUGAUUUGUAUUAAUAAUGCUGCCUUUCUAAAUUUCAUGACCAAAUAAUAAAUUGUGACUCUUCUGCACUCUAGCAUGAAAGUGCCUUUGGUUUGAAAUUCCAGCUUAGAAAAGUGCUGCCAUAAUAAUGACAAUUUGUAGAGAGACCAAAAAUAUGUAGUUAUCACCGUAAUGCCUUUGGUUUAUUGGAAUAAGUUGAAACUACAGGCCUCCAUUCACAAAAGAGCACCAUUUAUAGCAAUGUAAUUUCGCUAAUGAUCAACCUGCUGGAGAAUAAGGUACUGUUUGCCAUUUCUGACAGCAUUGCAAACCAGCAACUGAUUUGCCUAUGAUAUAAAAAUGAAAAUGAUUCACAUUUAUAUUCUCUUCAUCCAGUCAUGUAUCUAUCUGCAUAAUGAGAUCCAUGCACUGCAGAAUUUCAGACAGUGGACAAAUGAGACUAUUGUUUUCCUCUAAUAAUAUUUCAGUAUCUGUGAAGAUUUUUUAAGAUAGAAGAUUUGUUUACAAAAUUGUGCAUACUGAAGGUCAGAUGCAUAAAAUGAGAUGAAAACGGAGAACAGACAAUAGGUAGGGUAAAUGCAAUUGUGUGUUUUUAAACACUGAAUUAAGUGUGAGCAUUGUGGAUGAAGGUGCUGUUAGAGAAACUCUGGCCAGCACUGUUCAAAACACAAGGUUGUUUUGUUUUGUUUUUGUCCCAGAUGAUGUCAUGCUAGGAAAAAUGUAGCUCCUCUUAAAAAAUAUGUCUGUAUUUGAUACCUUCUGUGAACGGGGGCCAUACUGUGUACACUACAACUAAAAUCAAUGGGAAGAGGAGCAAGAUUUUAAGAAAAAAAAAAACGUUAGAACAAAUAUCAGCAAAACCAAAAGCUGUCAGAGGGAUUAUAUAGUUGUGAAUACAAUUUUAGCUUGAUUUUAAAGUAUUUGAUGAAAACUAAGAUUAACUUUUUAUAUAUAGAAAUAUUGUGACACUGUGUGGUAAAUAUUGUGAUAAUUCAAUUUCCCUGUCUCUAAAAUAUUAUUUUUCUUAUUCCUUCAAGGUCUAAAUCUCACUUACCUCUGUAAGACAAGUAAUCCUGUUGAAUUCACUGAGACUGAGAUAGGGCAAAGACAAUUUCGCCCUUCAAGUAAAGCAUAUAUUUUCAGUUUUUACCAAACAUUUCAGCUGUACUAGUGCAUAUUUGUGGUAAAGUACACUCCUGUCUCAUUAAAACAAGCGUAAUGGUACCAUUUGGGGCUGUUGAAAAUUGCUACAAACAAAUGUAGUUGUACUUACUUGAAUUCCAAAAUUAUUUUAUGUAGGUACUGCACCACUAUUUUGAAGGAAUUGCAGAUAUAAUGCCUGUUUCUCGCUAUCUCUUUCUAUUGCAGCUACAGCUCACUAAGUUUGGCAGUAGCUUCUUCCGUUAAAACCUCCACAAUAUAGGCUAUUUUAAAUAAUGAAGGGUGUACAUUACUGUUGAAUGUAAGUAACUGGCCAGUUCAAGGCAGAUACAACAUUUGACAUACUCAUCCAUAUCUAUUUAUUUUUCCACUGCAACUCCUAGGGCAUACUUGCUUCUGAAGCAGUUUCCCUUACAGUUUUCCUGGAUCAAUCAUACUGAGAAAUGUUUUGUCUACUCUUUACUUGACCCAUACUGAUUCAGAUACCCGGUCAAACAGCAGAUGUGAUAAUAGAGUCCGGUUUUGUACUUUCUCAGGAUGAUCUCUUUUCCCUAUCUUAUAACAAGAUGCUUAGCCCCCUUAACAAAAAAAAAAAAAAAAAAAAAAAAAAAAAAAAAAAGGCUGGAUAAUGAAAAGUACAAGAAACACUUUGGAGAUCUUCAUCUUUUAACUUUUUGGGUCAUUCUUGCUGAGAUCAUGUAAUUAGUUUUAGUGUGUAAAUUAAAUCUUAAAUGCACUCAGUUGACAAAAAGGAGACAGAUACCUGUUACCUCCUUACAGAAUAUGUGUUUUUGUUUUUGUUUUGUUUUAUGGGCCUCUUUGGUUCAGGCUCAUGACUGCAGACAAAAAAUACAAUAUGUGCCUGAAAAAGGAAGACGAAAGAAUUUUAUAACAUUGAAAACCUGAAUAGCCUUUAAUUCUUCAGUACAUUUUAUGUAAAACAGGUUGGGGUUUGGUUUGGUUUUGUUUUUUUUUGCCAUGUGCAUUUGUUCACAUUUGUAAAUGACAAUGGAAUUCUCACUUUAUGUUUAUUUGUGUAAUGUGUAUAAAAUGGGUUUGUGACUUAAGCAUAUUCAUAUAUGGUCAGUGGUUACUUUAAUAUUGUACUGCUGCUGGUAACUUUUGAUGUAGAACUUGCCUUUUGAUGAUAAAGUACCUCUAGGUUAGACAGGGAGGGAAGGCUCUUUGAAAAAAGUGAAUGUUCUCCAAUGUUUUCUUAACAUAUUUGCAGAAGCUUUCAAAAGGAGUUUCAGUCAAACCUCUUGGCAGUACAGUAUUCUUGUAUUUGUUAUUGUCUGUGUGUAGGUACUGGUACCUUUUUUUGUUUCAAAUGUUUUAAGUGUUGGCUUUAAAGUGAAUUUAUCUUUAGUAUGAUAGUAAUAUGAAAAUUAUAGGUUUUGUGUGCAGAGAAUUUUUUUAUAAAGUGCUUUGUAAAAAAAAAAUGUAUUCUAGCUUUCGCGGUACAUAUGUGUGAUAACUUUAAUAUCCAUGACAGUUAAGUGCAAUUAUUUCAUCACUCUAAAAAUGCUAUUUUUGUGUCGGUUACUGCAGGUGUUUUCAUGUCUUUGCAAAGUGACACAUUUUGAUGCCUUCUUGAUAAAGUGGUAGAAUUUUUGUAGCUUUCUAGAAACUUUGUAUUCAUACAGUAUCGAUUGAAAAUAAAGAAAAUGAAAGUG